AUGCCGAACACUAGCAUUGUCGUAAACUAUGACCUUAUGGAUGAACAUACUGCCGAUCCGAUGUACCUCGAGUACCUCACGUGCCGCAAGUACCAGCUCCACUACGCUGUCAUCAGUCGCGAAGAUGAGCUCGCGGUCUGUAUCACAAAUAACCACAAGGCGGAAGACGCCAUCCGCACCCAGAUCGCAACCAUCGAUAAGGUCCAGUACAACGGGGACACUGAGGGGACUGCACCUUUCAAGACGAUGCUCUAUAGGCUCGAGGAGCUCAAACGAGUGAAAUCAAACUCUGCCCCCAUCAUGAAUGAGACGGCCUUACUUGUGAAGAGUCUCAAGGCUGCGCUCGCGGAGAUCGAGCUUGAAGUAGACUAUAACGAGAGACUAGUUGAUGAGGCUGAGGCCGACCAGAUGAAGGAAUAUGAUGACCAAAUCAACGAAGAGCAAGCGAUCACACGGACGCCUCCCCCUCGAUCAAAUCAGAGGAGAUAG